CCUGAACCACAUAAAAACGGCACGUACCAGAGAACUAAAGUGGCGAUCCGAGAAUAGUUGUGGGUAUAUGAUCUUAAACACAGCACUUUGCUCUCCUGAACCAGAACAUGGGGAAAAUCGCUCUACAAAUCAAAGCAACACUAGAGAACAUCGAGGAGCUGAAGACUAACCAUCCGAAUUAUGCGUUUUUCUUGAAAAUCAAGUGCACGAACUGUGGUGAGGUAUCCGACAAGUGGCACGACUUAACGGAAAGCGAACGGGUUAACGAAGAUUCACGCAAUCCGAAAGGUUUCCACUUCUAUAUGAAAUGCCGCAUGUGCUCCCGAGAAAACAGUAUCGACAUCAUCGAAGGCUCGAACGCUAGCUACUUGGCCGGAGAUUCCGGUAAGAAGAAAACAAUCGUCGCAUUUGACUGUCGUGGUGUUGAGCCGAUCGAGUUUAGUCCCCGUUCCGGCUGGAUUGCAAAGGCCACCGAAAACGGACCAUCGUUCGAGGAUGUUGACCUUUCGGAAGACGACUGGGUGGAAUAUGACCAGAAAAACAAGCAAUCAAUCGGUGUGUACGAGUUCGAGUCGGAUUUCAUAAAAAUGAAAAAAUAAUCACUGUCUGCGAUGGGGAUCUGAAAAAAGGAAUGCAAUAAACUUGCUUGAUUGAGG